UUCAGUGCCUCUAUUAUCACUGUCGCGUUCCUCUUCGGACUUCAAUCGACAGUGACCGGAUUUCAAAACCCUACUCUGUAAACCCUCUGUCCGUGCUUGCUUUCGAAGUCCUUUUCCACCGGAAAUGAGUCGGCCAAUGGAAGAGGAUGCACCUGGGAAGAAUGAAGAAGAGGAAUUCAACACGGGGCCACUUUCUGUCCUCAUGAUGAGUGUCAGGAACAACACACAGGUGCUCAUCAACUGUCGUAACAACAGAAAGCUUCUAGGGCGUGUCAGGGCUUUUGAUCGGCAUUGCAACAUGGUGCUGGAAAAUGUUAGAGAGAUGUGGACUGAGGUUCCCAAAACUGGCAAAGGGAAAAAGAAAGCUCUUCCUGUUAACAAGGAUAGGUUUAUUAGCAAGAUGUUCCUACGUGGAGAUUCUGUGAUCAUUGUCCUCCGAAAUCCUAAAUAGAAGGCUACUGCUGCACUGCUUGUCAUCCGGAGUCCCUGUUGCACUGAAGAGAUUACUAUUGCAGUUAUAUUGAUUUUCUCAAUUUAGACUUUGGUUGUUGUAAGAUAUUGUAGAACAGCUUUCUAUACUACAAAACCCUCGGCUACUGGUCUUUUUGUUAUUAUCCUUUUGUGUACUCUUUCCUACUGGCACAAGAUUAUAUAAACUUUGUUCCGCCCCCAUUUCAUGAUCA